CCCACCGUUCUUCUCAUUUCGAUACAAUUCCAUUUUCUUCUUCUUCCACACGACUCAAUUUCCUCUUUUAAAUUCUAAAAUUGACAGAAAAAAGAGUUACAAUAAUAUUCCUCUAUAAGAAGAGAAUCCAGAAAACCCUUUCGUCGUUCCUUUCAGUUGACUGGUAGAAAGGUGUUUGGACUUUGGGAGGUUGAGGAUGGCAUCUGUUUCUGGGUCUAAAGGUGGGGUGGUUGAUGAAACAUCUCCCGACUUGUUGAAGAACACGCCGUCAAAUAUUAGAAGGUUAGCAGAUGAAAUUGAGCACUUAGAGGGUAGGCAAAAGUACCUUGCUCAGACUACAAGUCCCUCAGAUGGUGGUGAUGUUCGUUGGUAUUUCUGCAAGUUGCCUUUGGCUGUAAAUCAGCCAGCUGCAGCAGUCCCCCAGGCAGAGAUAGUGGGGAAGGGUGAUUACUUCAGAUUUGGCAUGAGAGAUUCUCUUGCAAUUGAAGCUUCAUUCUUGCAGAGGGAGGAUGAGCUGCUUUCUUGUUGGUGGAAAGAGUAUGCAGAGUGCAGUGAGGGCCCAAAGGGGGCACCAGAUUUACUUAGUCCUGCAUCAGAAAAAUCAUCUUCCGAGAGCUCUCAAUUGGGUGAAGAGUAUUCAGUUGAAGAAGAAAGAGUUGGGGUCCCCGUUAAGGGUGGCCUCUAUGAGGUAUCCUUUGUCCAUACCUUCUCUCUCUCUGUGUGUGUGUGUGCACGAACAAUUGUUAUCGUUUAUUAGUCCAUCAAGGGAAAGUACAUUUUGGACUGGCAUAAUGACUUGUGAAAGAAAAAAAAAGAACCUGUUGCAGUAAAGAAUAUAGACCUACUAAGAGGAGAGAGAUAAGAUAGAAGUUAUACAGGUGUUUGCCAAUGGCAAAGAUCUUAGAGUAGAACAUGAUAUAUGUAAAUUUUGCAUGAAAUUAGCAU